AUGUCUAUAUAUUAUUUUAAUAUCGAUCACAGGCUGCUUCCUUAUAUGUGCUAACAGAAAUUCAAACAAAUACAGUUUUACCAAUAAGAUUCAGAACAAGAAAGAGUAAGACAGAUGCACACUAAACAUCUCUCUCUCCCUCUCUCUGUGUGUGUGUGUUUAUGAGUGAAAGCCUUUACAUUUUCACUGUUUUAGGUUUCAGCUCCAAGUCAUCCAAAACAUAAUAAAUGUAAACAUAAUUUAGUGGUUCUGUGAAUGAAUUAAGAACAGACUUGGACGUCUUCUGGAAAGUGACAUAAUGCAUGAAUGAAGUUUGAAUGAAGUAGGCGAGUUCGUUUGUGUGGCAGAGAGACGCACAAGCCCUCGUAGAAAGCGAAUCUUUUUAAUCCUUGCGUCGGUUUUUUUAUGCAUUCCCUUACGUAUCAUUUACCCCACUGCAAUCGUUAUACUGUUUUUCUCCGUUUUCAGAAUUAACCCCGAAAUGUCAAUACGUUAAUGCAAAGUAUUGGCCAGUAUUUUCAAUGGUGACAUACCGUUGGCCGUCGGUGACCACUCCCCCCUUUUGGGGACCGCUCGUUUUGAUUGGUCUUUGGACACACCCACUGCCGAGUUUAAGCCCGAUAGCCCCGCCUCUCCUCCGAAGUUCCGCGAGAUGCCAUUGGUCCUCAUUUGCAUACGCGACCGGAUUGGGCAGAACGACCGUCCGUCAUUAGGCAUCUGUACUCGCAGCAGUUCACAUAGAGCGUGCUGGUGUGUCAUAGUGGUGCAGAGAGGCAGCGAUACGCGGUGAGUAAUGCCGGCCUUGUUGCUUGAUGUCAGGACUGCUAUAGAGAGGAUGAAGGCGCACGCGGAUUCCCUCUGACCUUGGCAUCCUACAUGCAUUAACUAAAGUCUGCCCAUUGUCAACAUGGCAGAGCAAUGGACCGCAGUGCCCACUUCUAAUAUGGCGGCGCUGAACCGGGCUAGAUCAUUGACUGUUAUAUUCUUAAUUGUCAGCAGUUGUCUGAUCAGUAGCAUUGAUGGCAAAGACGCGCCAGAAGAGACUGUCAUCAUUGGCCUCCGGCUCGAGGACACCGACGAGGUGUCGUUUAUGGACAGAGGCUUUUUGCGCGUCAGCGAGCGCUCUCGUGUCAGGUUAAGGGUCUAUGGGCAAAACAUCAACAACGAGACGUGGUCCAAACUCGCCUUCACGGAACACAGCAUCGGCAGCGCACCUGCGGAGAGCCAGAGCCCCGGAGACGCAGCUGCCUCGCAUCCCUGCGGCAUCCGAUCCUCCGAUAUCAUCAUCCUUCCCACCGUGGAGGUAAACAGAAAGACAUCUGGGAUAAUUGAAGUAGAGGUGAAACCUUUGCGAAAAACUGAGAAAAGCAAAGUGUAUUACCUGUGCAUCGCCACCGCCACACCUGGCGCGCAGGACGCGUGGUCCGAGAGCACCUGGAUCUAUCACGAGGGGCACGACACUAAAGUGCUCGUGGUAGAGGAGAAAAAGUUCCUUCUGCCUUUCUGGCUGCAGGUGAUUUUUAUUGCCAUGUUGUUGUGUUUGUCCGGCAUGUUCAGCGGGCUGAAUCUGGGACUGAUGGCGCUGGAUCCCAUGGAGCUUCGGAUUGUCCAAAACUGCGGGACCGAGAAGGAGAAGAAUUACGCGAAGAAGAUCGAGCCAGUCCGAAGCCAAGGAAACUACCUUCUGUGCUCUUUGCUGCUGGGAAACGUCUUGGUCAACACCACUCUGACUAUCCUGCUCGAUGACAUCGCGGGAUCCGGGCUGAUCGCUGUAGUGGUGUCCACUAUAGGGAUCGUGAUUUUUGGGGAAAUCGUGCCACAAGCCAUCUGCUCCAGGCAUGGGCUCGCCGUGGGCGCGAACACUAUACUUCUCACUAAAUUCUUUAUGAUCCUCACUUUCCCUGCGUCGUACCCUGUCAGUAAACUCCUGGACCACGUGCUGGGGCAGGAGAUCGGCACUGUGUACAACAGGGAGAAACUUCUGGAGAUGCUCAGGGUGACAGAUCCGUACAAUGACCUGGUCAAAGAGGAGCUGAACAUCAUCCAGGGCGCUCUGGAGCUCAGGACUAAAACCGUGGAGGACGUCAUGACGCCUUUGCGAGACUGCUUCAUGAUCGCCGCCGAUGCCAUCCUGGACUUCAACACCAUGUCUGAGAUCAUGGAGAGCGGCUACACGCGAAUACCCGUGUACGAGGGCGAGAGGUGUCACAUUGUGGACCUGCUGUUUGUCAAGGACUUGGCCUUCGUGGAUCCAGACGAUUGCACGCCGUUGAAAACCAUCACCAAGUUCUACAGCCACCCUCUGCAUUUUGUCUUCAAUGACACCAAGCUGGAUGCCAUGCUCGAGGAGUUUAAAAAAGGUAAAUCCCAUCUGGCCAUUGUCCAAAGAGUGAACAACGAAGGAGAAGGAGACCCAUUCUAUGAAGUUCUGGGCAUCGUCACGCUAGAGGACGUCAUUGAGGAAAUCAUCAAAUCUGAGAUUCUAGAUGAGACGGACUUGUACACUGACAACAAGACGAAAAAGAGGAUAGCUCACAGAGAGAGGAAACAGGACUUUUCCGCUUUCAAACCCACAGAUAAUGAGUUGAGCGUGAAAAUAUCACCACAGCUUCUUCUGGCCGCACUGCGUUUCCUGGCAACUGAGGUGGAGUCAUUCAGUACGACUCAAAUGUCAGAGAAAAUCCUCCUGCGCUUGCUGAAACAUCCUAACGUCAUCCAGGAGCUUAAAUAUGACGACAAGAACAAGAAAAUGUCAGAGCACUACCUCUUUCACCGCAACAAGCCUGUGGAUUACUUCAUCCUCCUCUUGCAGGGGAAGGUGGAGGUUGAGGCGGGAAAGGAGGGGAUGAAGUUUGAAGCUGGUGCCUUCUCUUAUUAUGGAGUGCUGGCUUUAACAUCUUCACCAGUUCCUCUCUCCUUGUCUCGAACCUUUGUGGUGAGCAGGGCAGAAUCACUGGCAGGAUCUCCAGAAAAUAAGUCACCUCCACGGCCGUUCGGACUCAACCACUCGGACUCCCUGAACAGGAGUGACCGGAUGGAGGCGGUCACUCCCACGCUGGGCAGCAGCAACAACCAGCUCAACUCCUUCCUGCAGGUCUACGUGCCAGACUAUUCAGUGAGAGCCGCCUCUGACCUGCUCUACAUCAAGGUGACCCGCCAGCAAUAUCAGAACGCCCUUAUGGCAUCUCGCAUGGACAAGACGCCCCAGUCCACAGACAGCGAGUUCACCAAGAUCGAGCUGACCUUCACAGAGCAUCAGGAUGGACCACUGGACGAGUCGGCCACUCUUUUAACCACCAACGCACACAAACCCAACCACACCGGUCACAACGACGGGGCGAUUUAACCACCCUCAGCAAAGAGAGAUGGCGAAAGAGCGCAAACGGCUCCGCUAGCCUCUCCCUUUCCACGUACUGAGCGAGAGGCCUUCUCGUACACUGGGCAGCUUCACUUCCUCUCAUCAUGGUCGAUUUCAAUGGGGAACGUACGCAAAGACUACAAUGUGAAGGGCCGCAUAUCCCACAAUGCAUGCACUAAUGACCUUAACACCUUUUGUAGGCAGCGGAUCAGUCAGGGACCACCACAUCAUUCUCGCUCGCUCAUUCGAUCGAGGACGGACACACUUGAAACACACACUUUCACGUCGAAGGAGCAAGGUGACGACCCACACCACACCUCGACCAGACACCAUACCAGAAGGACAAAGAAAUAACGGUGCCUUUAGACAGCGCUCGGUUACUGUCAACAAACGAGGCCCCCGAGGGCCCCCGGGCCACACGGAGCUCUCCUAAAUCUUCCAUUCGACCCAGGAAGCCUGAGCAGAUGCAGCCACAGAUGAGAUGUCAGCGACCGGGAGGCUUGUAAACACGGAGAAUCGAUGUCCCCAAGCCCUUCGAGAAAAGCCAGAAUACAUCUCAGCCUAUCAGAAGAGGCCUCACGACCAAAGACAUUUGGCAUAGACAGGAGAAAACAGGCGGCAUAACUGUGGGUCCUUCGCGAGAAUCCGUUACAAAAACAGCAGCCUCGGACACGACACGCAUAAGCAGGCGUUUGUCUGGACUGUGCCAAAUAACAGACAACGAUUUCUGCCCAGGUUAAUCCACGUCACGCGCAGAUGUGCUACGUACAGCGUUCGCAGUACAAAGAAAUCAAAUGUGUUUACAUAUGAGGGCCUUUUUCAUCUAUAUAUAUAUAUAUAUAUAUAUAUUUAUAUACAUACAUUAUAUAGAUAUAUAUAUAGAGAGAGAAAGAGGGAAUUUUUAAUGUCAAUCCUGAUUGUGCUGAGGUACAGCGUCACCUAUUUUAAGGUGGAUAGAGUAUACGUCUCAUGACUGGUUCCAUUUUUACCUACGUCGGACCACUCUUUAUUAACGAUACGUUUUUGAUUUUUCAGUGCUUUUGUUGUAAUCACGUAACUCUUAAUUUUUAAAACAAACAUUUUGUAUGUCACAACUACCUUUCUUCAGAUAGUUGCUAGCUGCGUUUAGGACCUCAAAGACACUAUUUCAGGAACUUACACUGUAACUUAUAUCUCAUCUUCCGAUUACACUAUUGCUCUUUUAUCUUAUUAUUUUUUUAGCAAAGCUAUUCAUGUAGGACUCAAUGUCAUGGGAUUGUAAAAGAGGUACUUGAUGAUUUCCUGAAUUGAAAACAGAUGAAAAAGGAAAAUAAUUCAGCAUUAAUGUAUUUAUUUGGUUUAAGGUUACAUUACCGCUCUUGAUACAAAGGGGAACGAAUCUCUGGCUGAUGUUUUUAUCCGCUGACUGUUUGUUUGUUUUUUUGUUUUUUUUUAAAUCAGAACCUCCUGAGACGCUUCUGUCAGAUGCGUAAAGCCGCUGGAUUUAAGGACAUUCACGUCUCAAGUGUUUAUGUAGCAACCUCUCAGUGCAAUAGUGCAACAGCUAUGCAGGGACAAUCAUGACCAAUUAAUGUGCUCACAGGUAGGACAAAAUAUCCGAAAUGUAAACUAGCAGAAUUUAAUUUAAUGAGACUGAGAGGUAGAGUAAAUCUGUUAGAUUAACACAACUACUGUUAAGGGGCUUGAGAUGUUGAGUAGUGAUUGUUGAACACUAACAAAGGCUUCGGUCAGCAUUCCUGUUCUUCUGUUACAUUGACCGCUUAUUCCAUUUUUUUUUCACACUGCGUUAAAGAGAAACGCCCGUUCAUUUCACCUAAAGCAUUCGGUGAUGUCCUACAGAUCAGAUCAGUGUUUUCACAUUGGAUCGCCUGCCUUAGAAAAGAGGAAACGUCUUCAAAAAUGUGGUGCUCUAACAUGCGGUUUGAGUCUGUCAUACACUGCUGCUAUUUUCAAUUUUGAAUGUGUAUAGAGAUACUGUACAGUCAUAAAUCAGAGAGUACUAUUGUAUGCUUACAUACUAUAAACCAGACAAUGCUAUAUCAGAUUUAAAUAUAAACAUAUAUAUAUAUAUAUAUAUAUAUAUACAUAUAUAUAUGCAGAUGGAAAUUGCUAUAAUAAAACAG